UGAAGUACGAGGUGAUAUGACCAUAUAAUGACAUAAUGGGUACCAUAGUAAGUGUCAAUAUAGUGACUAGCCAGGACACCUCUGCUGUUGUGUUAAUGUCAUUUCCAAUGUUUCUGUUCAGAAUUAACAACACAAGUAAGCAAUAUGACUGCCUAUUAUCUUUUUGUAUAUGAUAUUAUUUACUGUGUGUGUUAGAGGUAGAGUAGAGUAUUUGCUCAUAGAACGCACACAGUUUCCUUUAUCAUAAAGCAGAGCGCUCAGUACUCUGGUGAGGCGUUCAAGAGCACUGCGUAGAUGUAAGCGUUACAUAAAUUUGUGUUUUGUUGAAAAUAAGUUGAAUGUGACAGAACUUCGAUAAAGAAAGUGAAAAACACUACUGAAUUAAAUUAAAAAAACAUUGUAUAUAUAACAAAAGUCUGUUACAAUGGGUUUACAAUAUCAAGGUAAGAACCUCCAACGAAAGUAGCGUCUGUUGCAAUGGGUUUGAAAUAUCAAGGUAGGAACCUCUGACACAUGUCGCAGGGGGAACGGUUUAUGUGAGACACAUCACAAAAAGUGAACCUGGUCAAUGUGUGUAAUGAUUGUACCUCCUGUUGAACUUUACAAAAAAAAUCAAGUGAGCAACUAAACAGGUCUUUAAAGUUAAGUUUGCAGUGGACUAGAAUGAAACUGCGACAGUGUGGCUCUUUCCGUCCAUACUUCCGUCUACACUUCCGUCCAUUAAUGACAAGCGUCUUCAUUAAAGGCCAACUCGAUGCAAUCCACGUCCAGCAGUCGCCUGCCAGUUACCUUGGAGAUGAGCUCGUCGUGGUUGGCCAGGUGGGCCCGGCAGUGGAUGCAGCUGUAGGUCCGAUGGCAGCUUGGCAGGAGACACACCGAUUGUACCUACAGAAAUUGGAUGAAAUUUCCAAACUGCAAAACAGCUGCUCUCGCGCCAUUUCUCAUCAUCGAGAAAGACUCAAGGAGAUAUCCUCACUUGUGAAAAAAUGCAGCAAAGGACUGUCAGAAGAAGACGCAAAGAGCCUAGAUCAAAUCAAAGAGAAAAUAAAAAUCCGACCCAAUACAUUGUCUGAAAUGGAAGCCUUCCUCCCCAAGAAAAAUGGGUUGUACCUCAGUUUGGUUCUCGGAAAUGUAAACAUCACUCUUCUCAGCAAACAAUCAAAAUUUGCUUACAAAGAUGAAUAUGAGAAGUUCAAGCUGUACCUCACUGUUGUCCUGCUGCUAUUCUCUUUUGUAUGCUAUUUCUUUGUGAGCUACAGAUUUCUUGAUGCGAUCCUUAAUUUCCUGCUGGUGUGGUAUUACUGUACAUUGACAAUCAGGGAAAGCAUCCUCAUCUCCAAUGGCUCCAGAAUUAAAGGCUGGUGGGUUUUCCAUCACUACAUCUCAGCUUUUUUGUCUGGUGUAAUGCUGACAUGGCCAGAUGGCAACCUGUACAAGGUAUUCAGGAACCAGUUCUUGGCUUACUCCCUUUAUCAAAGUUUUGUUCAGUGUCUGCAGUGUUAUUAUCAGAGUGGAUGUCUAUACAGACUCCGAGCACUCGGAGAAAGACACAACAUGGAUCUGACUGUGGAGGGAUUUCAGUCAUGGAUGUGGAAAGGGCUGACAUUUCUCUUGCCGUUCCUGUUUUUCGGUCACUUCUGGCAGCUCUUCAAUAGCCUGUCUCUCUUCAGAAUGGCUCAACUCCCAGACUGCAAAGAAUGGCAGGUGUUGAUGUGCAGCUUCUGCUUCUGCGUUCUAUUCAUGGGUAACUUCUUCACAACACUUGCCGUGGUCCAUCAGAAGCUCAAGAAAAAGAAUCAAAAACCAAAGAGUCUUUGACUUAGUUUUACACCGUAUCUCCUUCUGGCCUGGAAUUGAACCGAUGCCCUCGGCCAUGAAUGCAUCAUGCUGUAACGGUCAUGUGUGUGUGCCGAGGAUGCGUAUAACUGAAAAAUGUACAUAAAUUGCUAUAUGUUUAGACUCGUUUGUCUCAUUUUCGCUCUAGUGUUUUAAGACUAUUUGCUGUUUUAAACAAAAGUACAUGUCAUUUUUAAAAUGUUUAACUGAGCUGCAAUGCAAUGAUUUUAAUUUUAAAAUUCCAAGGAAUAAAAUAAAAUAAAAUUGAAUGAUAGUGGAGUCAUUAUUUUUCUAGUAAAAAGUUCCUUUUUGUACUCUUUCACCUCGAGAGAUAAUGUACAGCAGGGGUCUCAAACACGCGGCCAGCGGGCCAAAUGUGGCCCGCAGGACA